AUGUUUCGCGCGCAACAGAACGCAUUCGACGAUGCCGUCGCCAAGGCAACGGACGAGAACCUGACCUCCGAAAAUUGGGAGUAUAUCCUGGAUGUCUGUGACAAAGUUGGCGCGGAAGAAUCUGGCGCGAAGGAAGCAGUCGCGGCCAUGAUCAAGCGGUUGGCUCAUCGAAACGCCAACGUGCAGCUUUAUACUCUGGAGCUUGGAAACUCUCUGGCGCAGAACUGUGGACCGAAAAUUCAUCGCGAGUUAGCUUCAAGGAGCUUUACUGAUGCACUGCUGCGUCUGGCAGCCGACCGUAAUACGCAUCAACAAGUGAAAUCGAAGAUCCUUGAGCGGAUGGAGGAAUGGACAGAGAUGUUCUCCUCCAACCCGGAUUUUGGUAUCAUGGAACAAGCGUAUAUGAAACUUAAAACUCAAAAUCCGAACCUGCAGCCGCCAUCGAAGCCUGUCAAAAGUGCGAUCACAGCUGUCGACCGCCAGAAGGAGGAGGAAGAAUUACAGAUGGCACUUGCACUUUCCAUCAAGGACAAAAGCUCCACCGGGCCUACCUCUCAAGGCGAAUCUUCCGCGGCCGCGGCAGCGACUGCAUCUACUCCGAUUGCGGCUCCUCAAGGAGAGCUUGGUGCUUCUCAACCUGUUCCAUCAGGCACAUCGGCAGUCACAGUGUCUCGAGUUCGAGCCUUAUUUGACUUUCAGCCUUCCGAGCCCGGAGAGCUUCUGUUUCGUAAAGGAGAUACUAUUGCUGUCUUGGAGUCGGUCUACAAAGAUUGGUGGAAAGGUUCUCUCCGUGGCCAGACAGGCAUUUUCCCGCUCAACUAUGUGGAAAAGCUCCCUGACCCAACUGUGGAAGAGCUACAGCGCGAGCUGCAGAUGGAGGGAGAAGUGUUUGGCCAGAUUAAAAAUGUUGAGAAGCUUCUGACACUUCUCAGCACUCGAAGCUCGGAUCUCAAUGUCCAAGAGAACGAGGAGAUCACCACCCUCUACCACUCUACGCUUGCCAUCCGACCGAAGCUGAUUGAACUCAUUGGCAAGUAUUCACAGAAGAAGGAUGAGUUCACUCAACUGAAUGAGAAGUUUAUCAAGGCACGUCGGGAUUAUGAGUCGUUGCUAGAGGCUUCGAUGGCACAUCCGACACAACCUCAGUAUGGUCGGCCUGGACAACCUCAAUACGGUUAUCCUGGUGCUGCUCCUGUUGGAUACCCUCAAGCCCCUCCCCAGCCAGACCAGCGAUAUUUCAGCCCGCAACCUCAAGAAACACAACUCCCGCAGUCACAACCCAACGCAUACUAUGGUGCGGAACAAAAGAUGCCAUAUCGUCCUGCAUCCCAUUCGCCUGAUCCUCGUUCCCAGUUUGCUGCUGGAGUGCAGCCUAUUGCACAGCAGCCGACUCCGCAGCAAACCCCUGCGUCCGAUCCGUAUGCCUCUGUGCACCACCGUCCCCAAUCUACCUACGACCAUCCGCAAGAACUGGGAACGUCCAUUUAUGAUUCACCGGUAGAGCACCCUGCGCCCGCUAUGCAUUCUUCCUACGCUCCCACUGGUCAAGUACCGCCAACCGCGCACCAGCAAUUCCAGCAGCAGCAGCAGCAGCAAUCGGCACAAGAUGACUACUCGCCCUCAGUCUAUUCGACCGACAAUCCACCUCAAUUGCCGCCUGCUUCUGGAAUGCACCAACAAUCCCCCCAUCAAUAUCCUCCCCAGCAGCCACCUCAGCAACCCCAGCAGCCUCAGCAAUCGCCACAGCAACUCCCAUACCCUCAAUCUCCCCCUGCUCCCCAACAAGCCCCUCCAUCACACCAGCCACCCCCAAUUCCUGGCACUGCCCCAGCUCCCCAGCAAUACACUGCGUUCAAUCCAGCUCCAUCAGCACCUCCUGUUGCCGGGGAAUACCAAGCCUACCAACCACCUCAGGGUGGUGUUGCUGCAUCGAACCCAGCUUCGUUCUACAGAUAG